CGCGCCACGCCGCAUGUAGUCUACCGAAUCCAGAGAAGAAGAAGAAGAAGAAGAAGACUCCUGAUCAUGCGAACACCUCCAGAAUGGGUACCCAAGUGAAAGAUGUCAUCAUAAAGCCUGACGCUGCCAGCGCACUGCUGCUGGACAAACAUGCAGACUACAUCGCUGCCUACGGCUCCAAAAAGGACGACUAUGAGUACACGCUGUCAGAGUACCUUCGGAUGAGCGGCAUCUACUGGGGGCUGACUGUGAUGGACCUGAUGGGGCAGCUGCCUCGGAUGAACCGGCAGGAGAUCGUAGACUUCAUCAAAGCCUGUCAGCACGAAUGUGGAGGCGUCAGCGCCAGCAUCGGACACGACCCCCACCUGCUCUACACCCUCAGCGCCGUCCAGAUCCUUUGCUUGUAUGACAAUGUGGAUGCGCUUGAUGUGGACAAAGUGGUGGAGUACAUUAAAGGGCUGCAGCAGGAAGAUGGCUCAUUUGCAGGAGACAAAUGGGGAGAAAUAGACACAAGAUUUUCAUUCUGUGCUGUUGCUACACUUGCAUUACUGGGCAAGAUGGACUCAAUAAACGUUGACAAAGCUGUGGAGUUUGUCUUGUCCUGUAUGAACUUUGACGGAGGUUUUGGCUGCAGACCCGGUUCAGAGUCUCAUGCUGGUCAGAUAUACUGCUGCUCUGGCUUCCUGUCGCUCACCGGUCAGCUGCACCAGGUGAACGCUGACCUGCUGGGCUGGUGGCUCUGCGAGAGGCAGCUGCCGUCCGGAGGUCUCAACGGACGACCGGAGAAGCUUCCAGAUGUGUGCUACUCGUGGUGGGUUUUAGCGUCUCUGAAAAUCAUUGGUAGGAUCCACUGGAUCGACAAGGCCAAGCUGCGAUCGUUUAUUCUAGCUUGUCAAGAUGAGGAGACCGGAGGUUUCGCCGACAGACCGGGAGACAUGGUGGAUCCUUUCCACACUCUGUUCGGAGUUGCAGGGCUCUCCCUCCUCGGAGACGAGCAGAUCAAGCCAGUGAAUCCUGUCCUCUGCAUGCCUGAGGAUGUCCUUCAGAGGAUCGACCUGCAGCCUGACCUCCUCAGCUAGCCCUCUGUCACCAUCAUCCCACUACGCACACAUUGUUAAACAACCCCUCUGCCACGGCUGGAUGUCGGGAGCAGGGAGAGGAGCGCCACACAUCUCAGUGUUAGCUGAAGUCUACAGACACAUUUUAGAUGCAGGAUUUGGUCUCUGCUCACUAAGGACCAAGAGAGUUGUGCACAGUUCUGACUCGGUUCCUCCAUCUUUAAACACUCAACCACUCAUUAUGUUAUAAAGUCACUUUUGUUGGUUUUACUGCAAGAGAAAAGAAAAGAGAUGUUUUGAAGUGUGACCAUCUUUGCAAAACCCUGUAAUUCAUUUGACAACAUCAAUUAGCUUUUUGACUUACUCACAAUGUAAAGUUGUCUGAGGGAAAACACUUUACUGUUAGCAGACUGUUGUGGAAGUCAGUUUUGUAACUUUUUCUUGCUCUCAUCAGAUUGUCAGAACGUUUUUACUGUACAGACAAUUUGUUUGCUUUUUUCAUGUGCGUGAAUGACAAAGGAAAAUUCAAUCUGAUUGUGAACAGAUUGUGGAUUGAAACAGAUGUGUGCAACAGACGAGCAUGAGCUAGUUUGCUCAGUGAUUUCAAUGCUUUGGGGCCUAAGGCACUUGGCUGGUUUGAGGGCACCACAUCUUAGUUUUUCUCAUUUCACGCACUGUUUUUCACGCACCGACUGUUUCAAAUAAAAUAACUUCUGUAUUUGAAGGGCAAACUUUAAUCAUCCUGUUUAAACUAGAGCAAUCAUACUACCACUGUGCUGAUAGGUUAGAACUGGAGAUGCAACACAUGAGUUGUUGCAACAAAGAUCAUUUUAUCGUUGUCUCUUGCAAAGUGCUGUAUAUUUAAUGUCUUAUCCACAGCCUCCGCUACAAUAUUUAUUUCAAUCCAUGUUACUCAGCAAAGGGUUUACAUUUCCCCCCAGACUUAGUCUACAAAAUCCUGAUAUAUUUCCAGUCUUAUAUUUUGAUUCUCAAGUGUUUUUUUAGGUAUACUAAUUUGGUCAACACUUUUUUUUAUAUUUCAGUAAUAACUGAUAUUAAUAUUGCUGCACUCUUGUCUAACUGAAUGCACAUUUUAUCUGUUGUUGGAUAACUGUUCAGUGUUGACAUUAUAAUAGAAGGUAAAUAAAUCACAUUGAAUCUAUUAGUUCUUGCGUUGACCCCAAUUUAUGUGACAGACAACUGAAAAAUGGAAUUACAAUUGAUUGAUUGUAAUUGUAGCUCAAACAAAAACCUAUAAUGUCAUCUAAAUGAAUAAAGAACAGUUCUGAAUGAACUGUUCUGCUUAGAGAUGAUUAAAUCUUAAAAACAACUCUGUCCCAAACAACUUUCUGAAAUAUUUGCUCUCUUUGUGUUGUGGGCAGUUCCUAUCCAAAAAGCUGCUUACUGUUGCCAACUUUAUGUGUGUAUAAUGUAACUUAUUUGAUAUAUUGGUUGGAAAUAAAUGUAUGAU